AUGGAACAAACCGAAGUAAAAAAAUAUUUGUCGAAAUUCGAAAUAAAAGGUAUUUGCAUGAAUAGCGAAAAUAGUGAGAAAAUAUUUAAAAUAAGCCUAAAAGCUAUAAAGGAGAAUAAGUAUGAAAAGGAUAUAGCAAGUCAAAUAAAAAUGAAAUGUGAAAAUGAUGAGUUAUUAAAUAAAGAGAUUUUAAACGAUGAAAACAAUUUAAAUAUGAUAGACAAUUUAAAAAAUGAAAAUAUCGGUUCAUGGCAAUGUAUCGUUGGAAAGAAUUUUGCCUUUUCUAUAAAUUACCAAUUUAAUUGUAUGAUUUAUUUUAAACAUAAAUCUAGUAAAUUAACUAUUUUAAUAUACAAAUCUAUGUGA